AAUUGACUUUUGACUGUUUAUCAGGGUUAUAACUUGAUUGAAAAUUUUCACUUCAUACAGGUGCUUCAAACCAUGAUUCAGAUGGGUGUUCUCGUGCCUACUGGAGAUAUGACAGCUGCUAGAAGAACGGCGCAGUUCUUUCUGAAUAGCUUUGAGGAACGACUUGCAGAACAAAGGAAAGAGAGAGAGAUGGCCACAACAGAGCUUGGGUUCAAAAAAUCAUCGAGCAAAGAGGAAAGAACAGAGAAAAAGAAGCAGCGCCUGGCUACAAUUGGAGAAGACCUACUUGCCAUUGCUGCAGACCAACCUUUCCGUUUUCCUGCCACUUUUACAUUUGUUGUUAGAGCAUUUUCAGUGCUAGACGGCAUUGGGAAGGCCCUUGACCCUCGAUUUGACAUUGCAGAGAUUGCUAAACUCUAUGCGACGGAAUUACUAAGGUUUCGUGGGGCAGAUGUUGAGGUCAUCAUAAAGGCAAGCUUCUUGAAUUUUUGUUAAGUGUACCGUGAUCCC